AUGCAAUUCUCAAGUAUGCUUCUCGGCCUGAGCCUCCUGGCUAGCUCUGUGAUGGCGGUGCCGCACAGGCUUGGUGCAUUUCAACGCCGUGCAUCGGGUGCCCAGAAUGUGGUUUACUGGGGCCAGAAUGGCGGCAAUACCGUUGAGAACAAUGAUCUUUCCACCUAUUGCACCUCCACUUCGGGCAUAGAUAUCAUCGUUCUCGCUUUCCUAUACGAGUACGGCAAUGGAAACACCAUUGCGUCUGGCACCAUUGGCCAGUCAUGCUACAUCUCGCCUGCUGGUGAACCUCAGAACUGCGACGACCUGGCAUCGGCCAUUAAGACCUGCCAGAACAAUGGCGUCAAAGUUAUCCUUUCCCUGGGUGGUGCCGUCGGUGCUUAUUCUCUGACCUCGCAGGCUGAGGCCGAAACCAUUGGACAAAAUCUUUGGGAGGCCUAUGGCAAUACUGCUGGCGGCAGCGUCCCUCGACCCUUCGGAUCCAACUUCGUCAAUGGCUGGGACUUUGACAUCGAAGCUUCGAGCGGAAACCAGUAUUACCAAUAUCUCAUCAGCACCCUGCGGUCCAACUUUGCAUCCGACGCAUCCAACACUUACUAUAUCACUGGCGCCCCACAAUGCCCUAUCCCAGAACCGAACAUGCAGCAAAUUAUUACCACUUCUCAGUUUGAUUAUCUCUGGGUCCAAUUCUAUAACAACCCCGGGUGCUCCGUGAAUGGUGCUAUUAACUAUAAUGACUGGGUGUCGAACGUGGCUGGAACUCCAUCUGCUAAUGCCGAAAUUUUCAUUGGUGUGCCUGCCUCCACUCUCGGAGCCACAGGCACGUCGAGCGGUGCGCAAUACUACCUUGAACCAAGCGCGCUGGCGACCUUGGUGGGUGAAUACGAGAGCAACUCCGCAUUUGGUGGAAUCAUGAUGUGGUCGGCGGGCUUCUCUGACUCGAAUGUUAAUAAUGGAUGUACUUACGCCCAGGAGGCGAAGAGCAUUCUCACCACUGGCUCCCCUUGCUAG